UGGCGGGUAUAAAUUGAACCGGUCAAAAAGCGCGUGAAUGCCCUUUCGUCAGACGCCGGUCCACAGCAAAGAACUACCAUGGCGGCAACUUUCGGUUAGCUGCUCCAACACUGCUCUAAUCAGACGCCACAAAGCAUGUCUUCAAUUUUCUAUUUCCCAACUAAACUCCAAACUGCCGAACAAUCAAUCAGAAAUUUUAAUUUAUCAUUUUCUCACCAACCAAUCACCCGAAACUUUCAAAGAUUGUGCUGAGUCAACGGUCCAAAACUCGACCAUCUCCAUUCCCAUCCUCAAAACUCCAUUUCAAGUUGUUCAGCCCCUGUUUCAGGCGAAUUCUGGGGUUUCAUGUAACUAUGUUACGGUUAGGGUUAGGGCUUUUGGCGGUCGUUUCGGUUUGCGUUGUGACAGUGGAAUCCAGGUGUUCCAGAGGCUGUGAUUUGGCCCUGGCCUCGUACUACGUCUGGGAUGGUUCGAACGUCAGCUUCAUCGGUGAGGUGAUGAACGCCACGUUCGCUGAAAUCGCCAGCUACAACCCCAAGGAUGUUCCCAACCAAAAUUACGUUCAGGCGGGUGUGAGGAUCAACGUCCCGUUCCGCUGCGACUGCAUCAACAACGAGUUCUUGGGCCGCAUGGUUAGCUACUCCGUCCGCUCCGGCGACACGUAUGAGAGGAUCGCGACGUUGUACUACUCCAACCUGACCACGGCGGCGUGGGUGCAGAAGUUCAAUAGCUACGGUGCGAGUUCGAUUCCGGAUAAUGCGAGACUCAACGUGACGGUGAACUGUUCGUGCGGAAAUAGCACGGUGUCGGAGGAUUAUGGGUUGUUCAUCACGUACCCGCUCCGGACGGGCGAGACUUUGGAGUCGGUUGCUUCGGCGGCUAAUUUGUCUACAGAUUUGGUAAGGAGCUACAACCGAAAUGCGAAUUCCAGUGCGGGGAGUGGUCUGGUAUACAUCCCGGGCAAAGAUAAAAAUGGAAAUUAUCCUUCCCUGAAAUCUAGCACAGGAUUAUCAGGUGGAGUCAUAGCCGGUAUAUCCAUAGCAGGAGUUGCAGGAGCAUUGAUAUUGGCAGUUUGUAUAUACUUUGGAAUUUACAAGAAGAAGAAAGGGGAGGACAAAUUAUUGCCAUCUGCAACUGAAGAUCAUUUGCUUCAAGGUGCAGGAGGUACUUCUCCCUCUACAGACUCCACAGGCAUUCCUCCUGGUGCUUCUCCAGGCAUUACAGGCUUAACAGUGGACAAAUCUUUGGAGUUUUCCUAUGAAGAGCUUUCAUUGGCAACUGAUAACUUCAAUAUUGCGAAUAAGAUUGGUCAAGGUGGCUUUGGCUCUGUUUACUAUGCUGAGCUACGAGGCGAGAAAGCUGCAAUCAAGAAAAUGGAUAUGCAAGCUUCAAAAGAAUUCCUUGCUGAAUUGAAGGUUUUAACACAUGUUCACCACCUAAACUUGGUGCGCUUGAUAGGAUAUUGUGUAGAGGGAUCUCUUUGCCUAGUCUAUGAGUAUAUUGAGAAUGGUAAUUUAAGCCAACAUUUACGUGGAUCAGGGAGGGAAGCCCUGCCUUGGUCAACCAGGGUGCAAAUUGCACUUGAUUCAGCCAGAGGGCUUGAAUAUAUACAUGAGCAUACUGUUCCUGUCUAUAUCCAUCGUGAUAUUAAACCAGCGAAUAUACUGAUAGACAAAAACUUUCAUGGGAAGGUUGCAGAUUUUGGUUUGACAAAACUGACUGAUAUUGGGAGUACAUCCCUGCCUACACGUCUAGUGGGUACAUUUGGAUACAUGUCACCUGAAUAUGCGCAGUAUGGUGAUGUUUCUCCUAAACUUGAUGUCUAUGCUUUUGGGGUCGUCCUCUAUGAACUUAUUUCAGCCAAGGAAGCCAUAGUCAAGCCAACUGAUUCUAUGGCUGACUCAAAGGGCCUCGUUGGUUUGUUUGAGGAAGUUCUUAGUCAGCCUGAUCCAAUAGAAGACCUGACCAAGCUGAUUGACCCUAGGCUUGGCGAUGGCUACCCCCUCGAUUCAGUUCUGAAGAUGGCUCAGCUUGCUAAAGCUUGCACGCAGGAGAACCCUCAAAUACGGCCCAGCAUGAGAUCUAUUGUGGUGGCCCUGAUGACCCUUUCAUCCUCGACAGACCUUUGGGAUGUCGACUCCUUCUAUAAGAACCAAGCUCUAGUCAAUCUAAUGUCUGGGAGGUAGGUAGUACCACUCGGGGAGUGGCCCAAAUACGGGCCUUUGUGCACUCAUGAGCAGAGAAGCAUGUGAAUAAUCCCCAGAUUUAGCUGUUGAAGAUUUCAGAGAUACAUUUGUUUUGUAAAUGUGCGAAUUUUGCUUGUAUAUAUUCCUUUUGUUACACAAAAAUGCAUGCAAGAAAACCAUCACGUGUCAUGUUUUUAUGUUCAAAAAAGCUAUUAUUACUGGGCUUAUAGUUUUAAUGAGCAAUCUGCAAUUCUUACGUGUGGUUUGGUUGAA